CUCGGUGAAGACUCUGCACUUCGUCUAGGUAGCGGAUCCCGCAGGCUGGGCUCUCCGGUGACUCGCUCGCGCCAUGGCGUCCCAGGGUCGUCGGCGGAGGCCUGAGACGGUGGUGCCGGGGGAGGCGGCCGAGACAGACUCGGAGCUCUCUGCGUCCUCGUCGGAGGAGGAGGAGCUGUACCUGGUCCCCUCGGGCCCGACGCGCGGCCGCCCCACGGGACUGCGGGUGGCCGGGGAGGCCGCGGAGUCCGACUCGGACUCGGAGCCGGAGCCGAAGGCCGCGCCGAGGGAUCUGCCUCCGCUCGUGGUGCAGCGGGAGACUGCCGGGGAGGCAUGGGGGGAGGAGGAGGCCCCGGCGCCCGCCCCCGCGCGUUCGCUGUUGCAGCUCCGGCUGGCUGAGAGCCAGGCGCGGCUGGACCACGACGUAGCGGCCGCGGUGAGCGGCGUAUACCGCCGCGCGGGCCGUGAUGUGGCCGCCCUGGCCGGUAGGCUAGCGGCUGCCCAGGCGGCGGGAUUGGCGGCGGCCCACAGCGUGCGCCUGGCGCGGGGGGACCUCUGCGCGCUGGCCGAGCGCCUGGAUAUCGUGGCCGGCUGCCGCCUGUUGCCCGACAUCCGCGGCGUGCCGCCCACCGAGCCCGAACAAGACCCGGGACCGCGAGCCUAGCCGUGACCCAGUCUCCCGCCUGACUGAGCCCUGGGGGUAGGCCUUGCGGCCUCUGGGACCGGCUCUGUGCCCUGUUUAGCCACCCACCCAUCUUGCUGUCACCCUCAGGGAUAACCCCGCCCUUUGGAUAAUGCUCUGUGUGUGUGUGUUGGUGGGGUGGGGGGGAGGACGGGAGGUUAAUGCUGUGUAGCCCUGCCAGGCCCUAGCAUCUGGUUCCUCCCCCUGGUCCUGGUUCUUGCUCCCUGGUUCAGAGCUUGUGUGUGUCUGAAGCUUGGCUCAAACUCCUGGGUAACUAGCCACUCCUUAAUCUGUCUCCAUCUUAGCGGUUCACAGAGCCUCACCUUUCCUUUCAGUCUGUCUUCCUCAGUUUGGUUUCUGUUCCCACGGGCUGGUCCUGCUUCUGGCGCAGAUUCCCUGAUGUCUCUAGUCCUAGUCCCACCUCUGGAAUUUGCCCUCUAAUCUGGACCCUUUUCCUGCUCCCCAGGCUUGGCUCUGAUUCCAUCUCCUCCUAGUCCUUGCUCUUCCAACCUCCCGGCUCCUUCUCCUUGGGCUUAGCUCCACCCCCUUGGCCUUAUCUUGUUUCCUGGGUCCAGCUGUACCCUUAGGUUUGGUUCUGCUUCUUUUUGCAUCUCCCAUCCUGUUUAAACUACCUACUUAAUUAUGGGCUCCAGGGACCCCGUAUGGUUUUCUUCAUCAGGCCCAAGAUGAGACCCUCUCCUGACCCGAGGACGUCCCCCUCCCAGCUCUCCAGGCCCAAGUUGGUGUGUCCUUCCCACCCUCCAGGCCAAGAUCGCGCCUUCUGCCCAAGUUCCAGGUACCGGAUGGGCCUCCUCCUGACUCUGAGUGCGCCCCCAGCAGGCACUUAGGGGCCAGUACAGACUUGCCCUGGAACUUUGGGCACAAUAUGACACCACUUUGCCAGUAAGGACCACAUGUAUUUUGUUUGGUCACCGUGGUGUUCUCUGGAUGCUAAAAGGGCUUGGCUGUCUGGCUUGUUUCAGGGCCUGGGUUAGCUCCUUCUUUCUGCUCCUCACCUGGUGCCUCUUCUCCCAGCCCCAGUCCCUCAGUCCCAUUCACAUUUAUUCCCCUCCCCCACUCUUACCCCAACCUGAGCCGAGUUCUGGGCCCCCAGGAUGGAGAAGUGGGGAAGAAGGCUCUAUGGCAGACUCAUUAAAACUCAAGACAUUUAUUGAUAUGGUCAGUUCCUCUUAUCUCCCCGUCUAAGCUGGGGGCAGGUAGGUUGGUGAUUUUGCUGAGAAUGUGGGUCCCAAGAAAGGGAUCCUUCAUGCCUGGCCUAUUGAAGGUGAGCCUGUGGCCGGGAAAUCGGGGCUCCUGGUUUUUUGCCCUGGUUCUGCAUUUAUUUGUAUUUUGUUAAUUCACCACACAUUCACUGAGCUCCUGUUCUUUGCCUGUCCUGAGCUGGGCACAGGUGGUGCCCCACAGGCUGGGCCCUCGCAGAGCCCACAGUGCAGUGGGGGAGACAGCCAUUAAAAUAUUCUUGCAAAUAAGUGGAUAGUUUUAAUAAUUGUUAUUUAUAUUUCAACUAUAGUUUUUCUGGCAUUGUGAUUAGUGCCGUAAAGAAAUAUAGGAGCUUUGUGAGGGUGUAACUGAGGUCUGUCUGACCUUGUUUGGGGGGAGGUCACAUGGCUUCCCUGAGGAAGUGAUGACUGAGUUUGAGCCAAUCCCUGAAGGUGUAAAAAAGGUAAAACAGGUUGGGUGGAAAAGAGUUGCGGUCAGUGGGAAUAGCAUAUGCAAAGGCCCUGAGUCAGAAGGGGGCAGAGCCUGUUUAGUAACAGAAGAGGGUGAGACCUUCUAUUCUCCACCUAGAGUGGAGAGAGCAGGGGAGACGGGGGU